GAUUUCAGACUGAAUCACAUCAGAUUGGAAGCCGAUAGAGAAACGAACGACGAACCAGAUAGGUAAUUUCGGAUCUUUUUUCAAAGUUGUGAAUUGUGACGAAAUAAAAGGACGAGUUGUUGGGAGCCAUAAUUCCGAGUAAAGAAAAAAAAAAGUCCGACGACGAAUCUUUCGUCGUUUUGGGUUCAACUCCAACGCCUUCGAUGGAGAACUACUUCCCCUCUGAUGAACAACCGAGGCAACCCAUGACCGAUUCGUCCAUGGGCGAGACCCAUUUCAGCCUGUUCCAGACAUUCCCGAGCUUGAUGAAAUCAUCGAUGCCGAUCGACGAGGUAAAAGUACUGCAGCAUUUGAUGACCGAGCACGCUCAAAUGAAGGAAAAUCUUCAGAUGGCAAACGCUGCAAUGCGUAAUAAUUUUACAAGUUUUCAAAAGUGGCAGGAUGAUAUUGAACACAAAUACGCCAAUCAAAAUCGUGUUAUCGAUGAACUCCGCGCUAAUCUAGAGCAAUUAGAAUCAGAUAACAAAACUCUUCAGCAAAAGUUAAAUCUGUCCGAGGAAAACGUUCGGAAAAUAAAACUUGAAAAUGAUGCCCUACAGAAGCAACUAAAUGAUUUUCCCGACCUAGAAAAUGUCUUGGGUACAGCUCAUGAGGCUGAAUUACAAGAUCUCAGAAAGGAGCUUUCUGAGAAAGAAUCGGUCCUGCAGAAUAUGGCCAAAGAGAUUGAACGUCUUCAACUUGAAAAGCGUGAAUUGGUGGUGGUUCCUUCGGACAAACCACACCAGAUGGAUCUGGGUGUUGUUACCGUAGAAGAGCGAGAAAUGUCGGUCGUGGUAGCUGAGAAUUUGGAGUUUGAAGAUAUGAGAAAAAUCAACGUCGAUGAAGUCAACUGCUUGGAAGCAAACAUUUCGGCUGCUGAGGAGAUGGAAAAACAUCCUCUCGAGAAGGAGCACAUGUUUAAGGAUUUGCAAACUAGAGAUGUAUCCUUGUCGGAGAACAUUCACGAAUUGAACACGUUAAGCGGCAUUGUGUUCGGCAGGAUUCAUCCCUUCAGCUGCUUGCAUAUUUUUUAGAUUGCACCAUUUCUUUUUAUUUUCCACCACUUUUAAUUUCACACGUCUUUCACUUAUAACUUCCUUCUACAAAAUGAUUUUCCGCUCUCCCUUUUUUACCGAAACGGAAAUUAUACCACAACCCUCUCGCUCAUGCAUUUGCUCUCAUAAAACAUUUAUACCACUUGUCUAAUUUGCUACAAGGGCUCGGUUCAAUAUCUCAAUCUGGGAAUACACACUCCACAAA